GACUGAAGCAGAGUGAACACUGUCACUCUGGAAGCAUAGAGUAGGCGGUGGCGGCGGCUCUCAUGGCUCCCAGCGACUGUCCCAUGGAUACUCUGCCCGACAGCAUCCUCGCCAGAAUAAUAGGCAGGGCUGCGGCGAUGACUUUUGAGCAGCCGGAGCGGUUCAAUUCCGAACCUUACGUGCAUUCGCGCGCUGCAUCCGACUUUGCAGAGCUCUCCAAGCUUAGAACUGUGUGCUCACGCUUCAAUCGGCUGGCACCUGACGUUGAGGAGCUCGUCUGUAAUCUGGAUGAUGCACCUGCAGUUGACGCACAUUUGAUCUGGUUCCUUCGGAAGAUGGAUAGUCUGAGAGCGCUGUAUCUCGCCUAUAAUGAUCCUGAGGAUAAUGAGAAUUCCCAUCCCCUCCAGCAGUGCUUCUCCAGCGGCUACUUGGCCGGGGUGGUGUGUUUUCCCCCGCGGUUGGAGCGCUUCUGCCUUCGGAACGGUUAUCUGCUGCAGCCGAACAACCCGCUCGACGUGUUGGAGCAACUGCUUACGAAGUGUCCUCGCCUUGAGUGCCUGAUCCUUGAGUAUUGCCACUUCUCCAUCAACAGGCCCAUCAACAAGCUGUCCGCCAGUCUAAAGGAGCUUCACCUUUCCAUCAUUCAAUCCAGCAAUGACAGCUCCUUAGCCAGUCUUGUGCAAGCGGCCCCCAAUCUAGAGAAGCUUUCCCUGCAUAUCGAUGGCGAACACUGCUUAGGAGUUGUGACCAAUAUUAGCUCGACCUCACUUAAGCACUUGUUCCUAGAUUAUAACAUGGUCGGUCUUGAGGUUAACGAGGAUGCCAUGGAAGUUGAGGAGAUUAGCAGCUAA